ACGUGUAUAUAUUGGACAAUGGCUUGAAAUACCAAGUAUACGUGAGAUGUAUGCGUCAGAAGACGCAACGCGUGACGAGAACCCUACUACAGAGGAUUUGGGGGCAGAAGAAUAUCAGGGAGGAGAAACAUAUGAGGAUAGUACAGCAAGUUUUGAUGAGGCCAAAUUUUCGGUACCGGAGCUGGAUAGUAGCCCAUUUCGAAGCUCAGUGACACAGUAUUCAGAUGGGUUUAGUCAUAAAGAUCAAGAUCUCGAAGAGCUUGGGGCUAUUCCAUCGACGCUUUUUGAUUCUCCAGUAUCUAAAAAUGGGAAAGAAACGGGGCAGGAGAAUCGGGCAAUUAAACGUACUCAUAGUGAGCGUCUAUCUAAUACACCAUUGGGGGGGAAAUCGCCCAAGCUAUGGCAGGAAGGGUCAGGGUCAGGGCUAGCAUCGUUUUAUAGCAGUAAUUUAUCGACGUAUGCGAUAGCAGGAAAAUCAAUUGUAGAGAAGAAUGUUGCGCGAAGCGGAAAAACACAGGGUAAUCAUACGAGUUCGAGUAUAGGAAUAUCAAGCAGUCUAUCAAAAUAUUGUGAAUCAGGGGUGAAUUUUGAAUCGACGCAAGAGACGGAGAAAUCGACGAAAUUAUUCGAUUAUUCGUUUACGGAAUCAUUAGGAUCGUAUGCUAAGCAGAAAUUGGUGCAAGAAAAUGUGACGAAUACGUCACAUUUGGCGUAUUCGGAGAAAUGGACGUCUAUUCCGAGUCGAUAUCUUCAAGUGACGAAUUUGCCGAAAACGAUGGAGACAUGGAUGCUUAAAGAGAUUUUUGAGAAAUUCGGAGAUAUACAAGGAAUCUUGUCUAAGAAUCUUCGUAGUGAUGGAUCGGUUAUUGUUGGAUUCUAUGAUGUUCGUGAUUGUAUCAGAAUUCAAAAGCAACUUCGUCAUUAUCGAUUUUUCAAUGACCGGUAUUUAGAAGCGCAAUUUUGUUCCAAAACAACGUUAAUAGCUAUGUCGAAAGGGGGUACAUCACUUCCAUUUCUUUCGGAAAACGAGGGAGAAAUCAUCAUUUCUCUUCAAGGAUCUGGAGAUUUAUCCAAAAAUGUUUUGUUUAAUCUUUUGUCUUCAUAUGGUGACAUUCGCGUAAUCAAAUCUCCCUCUACAACAAUGAAAAAAACAAUUAUUUGCGAAUAUUUUGAUAUUAGAGAUGCUAUGUUAGCCGUAGACGAGUUAAACGGCAGAGUGGUUCAGAAUAAUAAACUUCAUGCUACAUUUUAUGAAUCGGGAUUUAUUUCCUGGAAAAUAGUAUCGAAUGAAUUACAACAUUUACAGGAUAAAAAUACCGUAUUAGAUCAAUUUAAAUCCUUGGAUAUUUCUGAAGGAGGUUUAAAUAAUGUUUCAAAUGAAUAUUUAAUAAAUCAUGAAUCAGCCAAUGUUGUUUCACGUUCUAAACUUUCCCCUCCUUUGGAGUUUUUCUUGAAUAAAAAAGGAUCUAACGGACCUAUUAUGGAUCGAUCAAAUUCGGUUCCGUGUUACUUUCUUCAAAAUGAAAAACCACCUUAUACAGCAUCAAUGUCCAAUGGUUCUGGCAAUAUCGAUUAUUACAAACAUCAUAAUGUCCGUAAACCUACUAAUCUUCAUAUCAGCGAUAAUACUAGCUAUGUUCAUUUAAACGAUCGAUAUACCAAGAUAAAUAGUUAUCUUCAUUCUUCAGCAGUAAAAGAAGCGCUUGAAGAAGCCAAAGUAGAACCGCAUAAUCCGGCAUUUAUCCCGGGUAGUCCUUCUAAUCAACGUCAAAUAUAUUCAGCAAAUAUGAAACGAAGCAUUACGCAUGAUGGUGUUUGGAUGGAACAUUCGCCACCGAUAACUGAGCAUUUGCCUCUUAACCUAAAAUAUCCUUUUGAUGUGUUAAAAAUGAUUGGCAACUCUAGCCCUAGAGCAAAUUUGAUUACGGAAAAAAAUAAAGUGAAUUAUGAUAGAAUUACUCGAGGCUUGGAUAUGCGUACAACUAUUAUGAUCAAAAAUAUACCGAAUAAAUUCACACAGCAAAUGUUGCAAGAAUAUAUUGAUGCAACAAACCCGAAAACCUAUGAUUUCCUUUAUUUAAGAAUCGACUUUAGAAAUCGUUGUAAUGUUGGUUAUGCUUUUGUAAAUUUUAUUGACCCUAUUUCUAUUGUUACUUUUGGUCAAGCUCGUGUUGGGACAAAAUGGAAUCGAUUUCAUUCAGAUAAAAUUUGUGAUAUUUCAUACGCCAAUAUUCAGGGAAAAGAAUGUCUUAUUGAGAAGUUUCGUAAUUCUUGUGUAAUGGACGAAGAUCCAUCUUAUCGCCCUAAAAUUUUUAUUUCACAUGGACCGGCAACAGGAGAGGAACAAGAAUUUCCUGCACCUAAUAAUCCGAGAAGGAAAUUAAGAUCAAUUGUAAGCGCACAACAAAUCGGGCUUUUCCCUCCUGUUGGAUCAAGAGCACCUUGGUGUGCACAUGAAGAACAAGCAUUUCUAUGAUUUUUAUUUUUUUUUUAAAUAUUUCAACAUUUUUCUAAAUCUUGA